AUGGCUGAAGGCGAAAGAUACCGGGAUCUUGAAGACGGGGAAAUGGGAUCGGAAGAGCCGUUUCUUCCUGGACGGAAGAAAGCAACUUCGUCUACGAGUCGUACACGGCGGGUGUUUUGGAUACUUGGAUCGCUCUGCGUGGGAGGAUGGGUGUUGGCGCUCGUGCUGUUUCUGGUGCAGCCACGUCCCAGCAACAAAGAUGCAGUUUUGGCGACUGAAGCAAAUCAAGCCGGAUAUGAUGCAGGAGGAGCGAAAUACGGAACGCCCGUUGAACUCGACCAGGUUCUCCAGGGCUUAUGGUCGCCUCGAUCGCAUGCCAUCUCUUGGAUUGCAGGCCCCAACGGUGAAGACGGUCUAUUGGUACAGAGAGGAGAGGGUCAAGAGAAUGGUUACCUGACGGUCGAUGAUAUCCGGAAUCGUAAGGGGGACGUCAAUGCCUUGGAGAGCAGGGUUUUGAUGAAGAAGCCGUUCGUGAAAGUCGAUGGUAACGUCGUUGUUCCCGGUGACACUUGGCCUAGCCCGGACUUGAACAAAGUCUUGAUUAUAUCCGACAAGGAGAAGAACUGGAGGCAUUCAUACACUGGCAAAUACUGGAUCUUCGAUGUUGCUACCCAGACAGCAGAGCCUUUGUAUCCGAGUAAACCCAACGCCCGAGUGCAGCUUGCAAACUGGGCUCCUACCUCGGAUGCAGUUGCCUUUGUCGUGGACAAUAACUUGUAUUUGCGAAAGUUGUCUUCGGAGACGGUUAUCCCGAUCACUAAGGAUGGUGGAGAAAACUUGUUCUACGGUGUUCCCGACUGGGUAUAUGAAGAGGAGGUUUUGGCCGGCAAUAGUGCGACCUGGUGGGCGAACAAUGGUAAAUAUGUUGCCUUCCUCCGCACCAACGAGUCGACUGUUCCCGAAUACCCUGUCCAGUAUUUCUUGUCAAGACCGUCGGGCAAGAAGCCGGUGCCCGGGCUGGAGAACUACCCCGAAGUUCGAGAGAUCAAGUACCCCAAGUCUGGAGCUCCAAACCCAGUUGUCGACAUUCAAUUUUACGAUGUCGAGAAGCAUCAAGUUUUCUCGGUUGACGUGUCCGAUGAUUUCGAAGUUAACGACAGAAUUAUUAUUGAUGUGAUCUGGGCAUCCGAUGAGAAUGUCCUUGUCAGAGCCACCAAUCGUGAAAGCGACAUCCUCAAGAUCUUCCUGAUUGACACAAAGGCUAGAACUGGGAAGCUUGUAAGAAAGCAAGAUGUUGCAAGUCUGGAUGGUGGCUGGGUUGAGCCCUCGCAAACGACGACGUUUAUCCCCGCGGAUCCCAGCAAUGGACGGCCCCACGACGGAUAUCUUGAUACGGUGCCUCAUGAUGGCUAUGAUCAUCUGGCAUAUUUCACUCCCCUUGACAAUGCCGAUCCUAUUAUGCUCACGUCUGGGGAAUGGGAAGUGGUGGAGGCGCCAUCCGCCGUGGACCUGCAAAGAGGUCUGGUUUAUUUCGUGGCCACAAAAGAGGCACCUACUCAGCGUCAUGUGUAUCGAGUGAAGCUCGAUGGAUCUGAUCUUCAGCCUCUGACUGAUACAUCGAAUCCCGGCUACUUCUCCAUAUCGUUUUCCGAUGGGGCUGGGUAUGCCUUGACUAGCUAUCAAGGACCCUCUGUCCCAUGGCAGGCUAUCAUGAACACCCAAGGUGAUAAAGCAGUAUAUGAUCAAAUAAUCGAAGAGAACAAGGACCUGGCUCGUAUGGUGGAGGGAAGCGCACUCCCUACCGAAAUCUACCAGAACGUGACUAUUGAUGGCUACACGCUCCAAGUCGUUGAGCGGCGCCCACCUCACUUCAAUCCCGCCAAGAAAUAUCCUGUUCUUUUCCAUUUGUACGGUGGUCCUGGGUCUCAAACCGUCGACCGCAGGUUUACUGUCGACUUCCAGGCGUACAUUGCAUCGAACCUGGGCUACAUUGUUGUGACUGUCGACGGAAGGGGAACCGGGUUCAUUGGAAGGAAAGCCAGAACCAUUGUUCGGGACAAUCUGGGUUACUAUGAAGCUAUGGACCAGAUAGAGACAGCGAAGAUUUGGGGUAAAAAGCCGUAUGUCGAUGAGACUCGCAUGGCGAUCUGGGGCUGGAGUUAUGGCGGUUUCAUGACUCUGAAGACACUUGAGCUGGAUGCGGGCGAGACCUUCCAGUAUGGAAUGGCUGUCGCUCCAGUUACCGACUGGAGAUUCUAUGACUCCGUUUAUACCGAGCGCUAUAUGCACACUCCCCAAAACAACCCAGCCGGUUUCGACAAUUCCUCCAUCUCCGACAUGUCCGGUUUGCAGAACAACGUGCGCUUCUUCAUUCAGCACGGCGUUGGCGAUGAUAACGUGCACCUGCAAAACACCUUGGUACUGAUCGACAAGCUGGACUUGGCUGGCGUCGAGAAUUACGACUUGCAAUUUUACCCCGACUCCGACCAUAGCAUUUUCUUCCACAAUGGACAUAAGAUUGUCUAUGAUCGUCUUUCAAGCUGGCUCAUCAAUGCCUUCAACGGUGAAUGGCACCGUAUCGCCAACCCCAAGCCUGAUGAAUCCAUUUGGAAGCGCUUCAAGCGCUCUCUUCCAUCUUUUGUUAAAUAG